CAAAACCUCACAACACCCACACAUCACACACACAGCGGCAAGCCACAACCACAACCAUGGCGACCGAAACACCCAAACCCAUCCACGCCAUCGUCCUCGACGCCGCGCCCAUCAUCACCAACACCCCCCCGAUCUCAACCCUCCUCACCCAAGCGACGGAACUCUACACCGUCCCGCACGUCCUCGCCGAGAUCCGCGACGUCGCAGCGCGCUCCCGUCUCGAGACUACGUUGUUGCCGUUUUUGAAGCUCAGGACACCGAGACCGGCGAGCAUCAAGGCGGUGACGGAUUUUGCGAGACGCACGGGUGAUCUGGAGGUGUUGAGUAAACCUGAUGUACUGGUGUUGGCGUUGAGUUAUGAGUUGGAGUGUGAGAGGAAUGGGGGGGAUUGGAGGUUGAGGAGCUUGCCGGGGCAGAAGAGGUUGAAUGGGGCGCCACCGGGGAGUGUGGUUGAGGGGGCUGAGAAGGAGGGGGGGGAGAAGGUUCAGGGUGGGGAGAAGGAGGAGGUGAAAGAGGAGGUGAAGGAGGAGGUGAGGGAGGUGAAGCCGAUACCUGAGAGCAGGGGAGCGUGGGGGACAAAAAUACCUGUUGCUGAGCCGGUUGUGGUGGAGGCUGAGAAGAAGGAUGUUGAGAUCCCAGCGGAAGUUGUGGAGGUCCCAGUGAAAGACGUUGAGGUUCCGGAAGUCAAGACUGAAGAGCCAACGCCUGAAUCCACAGAGGCGCUCGCAGAGGAGAAGACCGAGGUGAAAUCCACAGAGGAGUCCCUAGCCGCCCUGUCCCUCGCGCCUUCAGAAGAACCAUCCACGGAAAUCACCCCCGACGCCCCAGAAGAAGUCGAAGAGUCCGAGUCCGACGAAGACGACGAAGGCGGCUGGAUCACGCCCUCCAACAUCAAAAAAGUCCAAGCCAAAGAGACCGCCGGCUCCGCCCCGCAAGAGCCAGAAGUCAAGACCAUGCAGGUCGCCUGCAUCACCUCCGAUUUCGCCAUGCAGAACGUGUUGCUACGCAUGAACCUCAACCUUCUCUCCCCAACCAUGACACGCGUGCGCCAGCUCAAGACGUGGGUGUUGAGGUGCCACGCCUGCUUCGACGUCACCAAGGACAUGUCGAAGCAAUUCUGCUCUCGCUGCGGAAAGCCCACGCUUCUGCGAGUGAGCUGCUCCACAGACAAGGACGGGACGUUCAAGGUGCACUUGAAGAAGAACAAGCAGUGGAGCUCGAGGGGGAACGUGUAUUCCAUCCCCAAGCCCGUAGCGGGUAGUGCGAAUACGCGCGCGGGAGGAGGGGGUAAGGGGGGUUGGGGACAGACGCUGAUUCUGGCGGAGGAUCAGAAGGAGUAUGUGCAGGCAACGGAGAGGGCGAAGAGGACGAAGGAGAGGGAUCUGAUGGAUGAGGAUUACCUCCCUGGACUGCUGAGUGGGAGCCGUAGGGGGCCAGGGGGACGACCAAUAGUUGGGGCGGGGAGGAAUGUUAAUUCGAAGAAGAGGCAUUGAGGGG